CGCAUAUAAAAAGAGAAAACACAAAACGAAUACCGAGUAUAUUUUUGUUGUUCAAAACAUCACUAAUCUAGUGCCUAUCUUGAUGACAGAGACGAUCACUGAUGUAGGUUCUCACGUUGAGACAGCUUUUGUGAGCACUACCGUGACAGAUUACACUACCACAACACUUGUACUAGAAAAUGAUGCAUGCAGGUCCAUCUUGGGUAGCUACCAAAACGGUCUCUUAGUAGGAGAAAAAGCGGCUUCAUGUCUAUCGAGUCUAUAUGAACGUAUUGGUGCUCAGCCUACCAUUACAACCACUGCCAUUAUCACAGCAACACCAGAAUAUCAUAUACACUUGGGGACGAUGGACCAUAUCAUGAGCACAGAAGAUGCAACUAUUACUUGUAUAGGAGACGAUGGAAGUGUUGAAUACCAUGGCUAUCUUGCAACCAAAAGCUAUCCAAAGGCAUCUGGUCUAGUGACUGCAAUUGAUCAAAAUGGAAACACUGUCAUUUUGCCUAUCCAUGAUCAUGCAGGUCAUUACACAAAAACAAUAGCAAAUACGCUUAGUCUAUAUGCUUCCUUAGGGGGUCUUGACACAGCGACUGAUGUGGUAAGUUGGUCUGUUCAUCAAGAUAGCCGUUUUAAUUACUUGAGUAGAAUCCUGCAAUUUGUACAGUUGUGACCUUAACAGAAGAAGCUGCUCCCAUGCAAUCUCAAACCCUUUCC